ACCAUGUUUGCCAUAGCUUCCCCAUCAUCAUCUUCUUCUUCCAAGAAAUAUGAUGUGUUUCUGAGUUUCAGAGGAGAGGACACUCGCAGAUCCUUCACCAGCCAUCUCCAUACUGCCUUGUGCCUCAGAGAUAUUGAGACAUACAUUGAUUAUAAGCUCCCAAAAGGCGAUGACAUCUCCCAGUCACUCAUUGAAGCAAUUCAGGAUUCAUCCAUCUCUGUGGUGGUCUUCUCUCAAAAAUAUGCCACUUCAAAAUGGUGUUUGAAUGAGCUCCUUCAUAUCCUUUGCUGCAAACAACAUCAGGCACAAAUUGUUGUUCCUAUCUUCUAUGAAAUCGACCCAUCUCAUGCACGCAAUCAAAGGGGAGCUUAUGAGAAAGCAUUUGCAGAACAUUUGGAGAAAAACCCAGAGAAGGUGAAAGAGUGGAGACAAGCACUUUUUGAGAUUGCAAACCUAGCAGGAUGGGACUCCCGCAACUAUAGGGACGAAGCAGAACUCAUUCAAAACAUUGUCAAUGACGUCAUCAACAAACUGAACCAUGGGUACUCAGGAAGUGUAUUAGAAAAUAUCAUUGGAAUUGAUGAGAAUUUGGAUCAUAUUGAGCAAUUGCUCGAAGAAUCCUCGACAAUUGGGAUUUGGGGGAUGGGCGGGAUAGGCAAGACAACAAUGGCUCAGGUUGUGUUUGCCAAGCUCCGCUCUCAAUUUGAUAGUUGCUGCUUCUUGAAAAAUUUUACAGAAAAGUACGAAAAGCAUGGGUUAAAAUAUGUACGUGACGAACUUUUCCAAGAACUAUCAAAGGAUACAUUUCUUGGGAGGCUCAAUCGUAGAAAAGUUUUGAUUGUACUUGAUGAUGUUAGCAAGACAAAGCAGUUAGACGAGUUGAAGAGUGAGUUGAAGAGUGAAGUUCCUCAUUUGGGACCUGGUAGUAAAAUCGUCAUAACAAGUAGAGAUAAGCAUGUGCUUAUUGUUGGAAGAGUUGAUAAAAUACAUGAGGCCAAGGCAUUGAGCGACAACAAUUCACUUGAGCUUUUCAACCUCAAAGCCUUCCACAAAGAUGGUUAUGGAAGUGAAUACGAACAACCAGUUAAAAGAGCACUUGCUUAUGCCAAAGGCAUCCCACUGGCCUUAACCGUUUUGGGUUCGUUUCUACAUUCCAGACCUGCAGAUCAAUGGGAAGAUGCUUUGAGUAAAUUAGAAAGGAUGGCCAAUAAAGAUAUUCAAGAUGUGUUAAAAUUGAGCUAUGAUGGACUCGAUGACGAAGUGAAGGAGAUAUUUUUAGACAUUGCUUGUUUUUUUAAAGGUAGAUCUAGACAAUAUGUGGAAGCAAUGCUAGAGAGCUUUGGCUUUAACGCAAGAAUUGGUUUGGGAAUUCUUGUGGAUAAGGCGUUGAUAAGUCUUAGUGAUGGUGUGAUAAGGAUGCAUGAUUUAAUUCAAUCAAUGGCUUUUGAAAUUGUUCGCAAAGAGUGUAAGAAUCCUGGAGGACGUAGUCGACUAUGGAAUUCUGACGAGAUCAUCAACGUCCUAAAAAAUGAUCGAGGAAGUGAUGCAAUUCAAGGCAUAAGUUUAGAUUUGUCUAAAAUUGAAGAAUUACAAUUGACAUUGAGAGCUGAUUCCUUUGGAAAGAUAACAAAUUUAAGGCUUUUGAAACUCUAUUCAUCUGACCCUAGAAGAUCGUGUGUUGUGAAUCUUCCUUCAGGGCUUGAAUCAUUUCCCAAUUUGUUACGGGCUCUUGAGUGGGGCAAUUUUCCUUUAAAGUCUUUACCAUUGUCAUUCUGUGCUGAGAAGCUAGUUGAACUUCGCAUGCCCCGUAGCCGCCUUCAAAAACUAUGGGAUGGCAAGCAGGACUUGGUGAAUUUAAGGGAUAUAGACCUUUGGGGAUCCACAAAAUUGAUAGAGUUGCCGGAUUUGUCAACCGCUGAAAGACUUAGACGGGUUAAUCUUGGUGGUUGUGAAAGUUUAUGCCGUCUUCAUUCGUCCAUUUUAUCUCUUCCGAGAUUGUGGUCAAUAUGUCUUAGGUAUUGUAAAAACCUAGAGAGUUUGGAAGCAGGGAGCCAAUCAAAAUCGAUCUCAGAACUAGAUGUUGAAGGUUGCUGUAGUCUCAAGGAAUUUUUAUUCUCUUCAGACAAACUAACUUUUUUGAAUUUAUCCCACUCAAGAGUCGAGAACUUAGACUUUUCACUUGGGCCUAUGGAGAAACUUCAAAGGCUCUUGCUUAAGGGUUUCAAACUAGAGAAUCUUCCAAUUAAUGACAUUUGUUGCAUGAGAUCUCUUGAGGAGCUUCAUAUUUGGGGUUUUGAGGGAAUGAUAGACAAAUCAAAGCUCCAUAGCUUAUUUGAUGCUUUGCGAUCUCUGAAAUCACUUUCUUUGACAGGGUCAUGCACAUUAACUGAACUUCCAGACAAUAUCAAGCAUCUCUCGAGGCUGAAAUGUCUUGAUGUAAACGGUUGCAGAUACCUUCAAUCUUUACCGGAGCUUCCUCCAUCCAUUGAAGAAUUACGUGCCUACGGCUGCACAUCAUUAAAGACGCUACAAUUCACUUCUCAUAUUGAAUCUCCAUCGUUGGCAGAUGAAAUAAUGGUGGGUUCAACGCUCUGUUCCUCAGUUAGUUAUCUCCAAAAUCUUCGAAAGCUUAUUCUUGGUGGUUGUCAAAAGUUGUAUGAACUCCCUGAAAGCAUCGGGUCCUUAUCUUCAUUGUCUACACUGCUUUUGACUGGAACUAAUGUAGUGAGCUUGCCUGCUAGUAUCGAGUAUCUCUCAAAUCUAGAAGCAAUAUACUUGGCCAAUUGUACAAAACUUCGUUCUUUGCCAGAACUGCCGCCAUCCAUCAAAAACGUUGAAGCCGGUGGUUGCAUAUCAUUGGAGACUGUACCCAUUUCAAUACCUUUUGCACCACAAUUGGAGACCCUAUGUCUGGUAGAUUGCUUGAAAUUGGAGAACCGCUUUUUAUCUCAUGUUAAGGAAAGUGUUUAUUUCUCAUUGAAGCGAUUAGUGUACAGUCAACGACAAGGUGGUGUCUGUUACCCUGGAAGAAAAGUUCCAGAGUGGUUUGGAUCUUAUCAGAGAACAGAGGCUCCCAACUAUAUAACUAUUGAGUCUCCUUUAACCACAAACAACCUAAUCGGCUUCGUUUUUUGCUGUAUUCUUUCUGAGCAUCCCCCCAAGCCUUACAUGAAAUGCCAAGUUUAUUAUGAUGGUAAGCGGUGCUAUGGCUCAGAGUUUAUAUUUUGGACAGAUGAAAAUGCGGGAUCACAUCAUGUUUUCCUGUGGUGUGAACCUCACUCAUUCCUAAAAUUUCAUAAAGCAAUGGACAACCAGAAUGCUAAUUACAAGCCAAAGGCAUCAUUUGAAUUCUCUGUUGCCAGAUUUGAGCGGGAGCCCGUUGAUUGUGUGAUUGAAGCAUGUGGAGUGAUUGAAGCAUGUGGAGUCUGCCCAAUAUAUGCCUCGGAAUAUCGCGACUUCAUUCAACAAAUGGGACGGGAGCCAAACUUGGGGACCCAAAGAGAGUCCUGUCAUUAUGCUGAUGAGAAUUCAUUUCAUGAAAUGCUCGAAUAUGUUAGAUUCUCAUUGAAGCAAGGAAAAUGUGGCAAUUUUGAAGGAACUUGCUCCAGAUUUUGA